ACGCUUCGUCUCACAAUGAGCUCCACUUGCUUGGCAGAAGGAAAACUUGAACAUAUAAAAGCUAAACUCGGAGAUUAAUCAUUAUUUAGACCUUUCUAACUAUUUAAAAAAAACUGUUAUAGUCGUUGUAUUGCUUCGAUAAUUAAGAAGGUCCUACCACAGUCAAUCUAUCGUCCAGAAGAGAUGGCGUCAAAACCCCAAUUCACAUAUUUAUUAAGUUGUGCUUUCAUCAUUGCACUCAGGAUUUCAAAUACCUAUGCAACUUUGAAUUGUUCUAAUAUGGAGGGAUCUUCUUUAACCUCAAGAAGAUCGUCUGAGAAUCCAAAAAUUGAUAUCGAAACAAUAAAAGCGUUAAUCAAAGUAUUGCUGACCGAACUAUCACUUGAUGACAAGGAAAGUCCAAAUAUUGAAAUUAAAUCACACGAUACAUUAUCGGAAAUAGAUCGGCAAGAAAUUAAUGAAUUAAUUAAGAAUAUUUUGGAAGAACUAAUAGACAAUGUUAAGAAUAUUACCAAAAAUGGAACUGAACCAGAGAGUCUAGUAGAAAUUACGCAAAAUACUUUAGUGCAUAAUUGUCAAGAACGUUUGGAUAGAGCGCCUGUCGCCUGAGCGAGAUGAUCGGUUCAAUUUUGACUAACAUGGGGUGAAGAAUACACAGAAGUCAGCAGGAGACAAGAAAGUACAAGACGAAAUUCCCGUUAAGUUCGGAACAGCCACAUGAAAAAUUAAAUAAAUAAUAAAAACAACAAAUAAAUGAUAAAGCU